AUGUCCCUAGGUAUAUCUUUAUCUCAACUUAUUUCCAGUAAGAUUGAGCCUAUAAAGUCUGGUAUUGAAGAACUAGAUGAAUGUCUGGAAGAUGGGUUCCAAAGUAGAUCAAUAUAUGAGAUAUAUGGUCCUCCAGGGAUCGGAAAGACUAGACUAGGUUUGCAAGUUAUGUCAAAUUUUGUUAAUGAUAAAUCUAGGGCCGAUGAGAAGGUUCUUUGGAUCGAAACUUAUAAUACAUUACCAGUUACUGAAAAUAAUUUCUCUGAUCUUUUAGAAAGUGAACAGGUUUAUAGAGUCGAGAUUACUAAGAUCACAGAGUUAAUUGUAUUUUUCAAUAAGAUUGCACUGAAUUUAGAAGAAUAUUCCUUUAAACUUAUUAUAAUUGAUGGGUUUUCAGUAAUUAUAAAUGAUCAUUUAAAUAAUAUACUGAAAAGAUCUGAAACAGAUAUUACAAAUGAAUACAAUUUGCAUGAAUUGAAGUGCAAACGUUUAAUCCUUUUGUUGACAGUAAUCACUAAAUAUACACAUUCUAGUGGUUCGACAGUUUUACUACUUGACAAUUGUAUGAAUACCGCAUUCAAUACAGAGUUUAAUCUAACUACAGUUGAAGAUAACUUGGAAGUGGUAGACGAUGGUAGUAAUUUCUUUGUUAAAAACAAUGGAGCCAACUCAAAUAUCGUAUAUGAUACUACAGGUAUCAAGAGAAAUGUUCAAGUACUUAAAAGUGAAUUAGUAAGUAACGUUGGCAUUGGAACUAGAGAUUCUCGCUGGGAAGUAUUUAUAAAAGCUAGAAUUGGGAUGUUUUGGGAUUGGGAGAAUAAAUUCACUUUAGACAAUAAGAGAUUUAAGGCUGAUUUCAGCAAGUGUAGGGUUAUGAUAGUUUCGAAUCUACAAGAAAUGGCAUCAAAUAAAGAUAAAGAAAAUAACGACACAAGCUUUUCCAGUUCAUUCUCAAAUAGAUAUAGCCAGAAUAAAGGGCAAUACCUGGUAAAGAUAUUUCCAAAUGAUGAUGGCUAUUUUACUUCGACGAAGCCCAUCACUAACGGUCAAAGGAAAAAAAGGUUAAUAUCACCUACCAAAUCUAAUCCACGUAAAAGACACACCCCAUUCAUUGAUGGUCAAUCUACACAAGUUGGUGAAUCGACUCAAAACUCAACUCAAGAGUUACAACAGUCUGAAAACUCUAUGAUAUUAAGCAUCGAUACUACCGCUAAUCAAUCAGUCAGCAAUCCACAAGAUGACGAAGUUGUUUAUGACAGUGAAGGGUAA